AUGCCUUUAGUGAAGAGGAACAUCGAACCCCGGCACCUAUGCCGGGGUGCCCUGCCCGAAGGGAUUACCAGUGAACUUGAAUGUGUAACCAAUAGUACCCUUGCUGCUAUCAUACGCCAGCUAAGCAGUCUAAGCAAACAUGCUGAAGACAUAUUUGGUGAGUUGUUUAAUGAGGCUAACAACUUUUAUAUCAGAGCAAAUUCUCUUCAAGACAGAAUUGAUCGCCUUGCUGUCAAAGUUACCCAGCUGGAUUCGACAGUGGAAGAGGUGUCACUGCAGGAUAUCAACAUGAAAAAAGCUUUCAAAAGUUCCACAGUCCAAGACCAGCAGGUGGUUUCAAAGAACAGCAUUCCUAACCCUGUAGCUGACAUCUACAACCAGAGUGAUAAACCACCUCCUCUGAACAUCCUGACACCAUACAGAGAUGAUAAAAAGGAUGGGCUGAAGUUCUAUACUGAUCCUUCCUAUUUCUUUGACCUCUGGAAAGAAAAAAUGUUACAGGACACAGAAGACAAAAGGAAAGAGAAAAGGCGUCAAAAGAGAGAGAAACACAAGCUGAAUCCUACCCGAAACCAGCAGAUAAAUGUGAGGAAAGUCAGAACAAGAAAAGAAGAGUGGGAGAGGAGGAAAAUGGGCAUUGAGUUUAUGAGUGAUGCAAGGACACUGCAGCAGGCAGGGAGCACGAAAGAGGACAGAACGCCCAGCGGGUCUCACGCAUCGGAUGUCACAGAUUAUUCUUAUCCAGCCACUCCCAACCAUUCUCUGCACCCACAGCCUGUCACCCCUUCAUACGCAGCAGGUGACGCGCUGCCACUUGGGCCAGCCAGCCAGGCCCCCGAGCAUGAGUACCGACCCCCCUCUGCGUCAGUGAGACACAUGGCCCUGAACAGACCUCAGCAGCCACCUCCACCACCCCCACCACAGGCCGCAGAGGGGUCCCAGGCCUCGGCACCCAUGGCUCCAGCAGACUAUGGGAUGAUCCCAGCCCAGAUCACUGAAUAUUACAACCCCUCGGGACCACCUCCACCCCCUCCACCCCCCAUGAUCCCUUCAGCACAAACUGCUUUCGUCAGUCCUCUCCAGAUUCCCACGCAGCCCUCCUUCCCAGCAGCAGCUGGGUCCUCCUACCCAGCGCCCCCUCACCCGCCCUCCACUGGGCUGGUGGUCACAGCCCCACCUCCUCCGGGUCCCCCACCACCCCCACCAGGCCCUCCUGGCACAAGCUCUUCCCUCUCAUCCUCCCCCAUGCAUGGCCCUCCCGUAGCUGAGGCAAAACGACAGGAAACUGCACAACCACCCAUAAGCGAUGCUCGCAGUGAUCUUCUUGCUGCUAUUCGAAUGGGAAUUCAGCUAAAAAAAGUACAAGAGCAGCGUGAGCAAGAAGCCAAGCGUGAGCCGGUCGGGAAUGACGUGGCCACGAUCCUGUCCAGACGCAUUGCCGUGGAGUACAGCGACUCUGACGAUGACUCGGAGCUGGACGAAAAUGACUGGUCUGACUGA